AUGUUCAGCUUCGAAGGGGAUUUCAAAACGAGGCCCAAAGUGUCCCUCGGGGGCGCGAGCAGGAAGGAAGAAAAGGCUUCUCUUUUACAUCGUACUCAGGAAGAAAGAAGAAAGAGAGAGGAAGAAAGGCGAAGAUUGAAAAAUGCAAUAGUUAUUCAGUCAUUUAUUCGAGGCUAUCGAGACAGAAAACAGCAAUACGCCAUUCAAAGAACUGCUUUUGACCGCUGUGCUAACUCACCCCAGGCUGGGGGCACGCUUUCCAUUGCCAAUGGUCCCAACCUGACGGUUUUGGUGAGGCAGCUUCUGUUUUUUUACAAACAGAAUGAAGACUCAAAACGUUUGAUAUGGAUGUGCCAGAACCUAAUUAAGCACAGCUCUCUGUUUGUCCAGCAGUUGGAUGGAUCCGACAGACUUACAUGCUUAUUUCAGAUAAAGAGGUUGAUGAGCCUCUGUUGCAGAUUAUUGCAAAACUGUAAUGAUGACAGUUUGAAUGUUGCGCUUCCAAUGAGAAUGCUUGAGGUGUUUUCAUCCGAGAAGACUUACUCACCUGUUUUACGAGAUGCUAGCUAUGUGGUGUCCGUAAUUGAGCAAGUUUUGCACUACAUGAUUCAGAAUGGGUAUUAUAGAUCUCUCUAUUUGUUAAUUAACAGCAAGCUUCCAUCAAGUAUUGAGUAUUCUGAUUUAUCUCGAGUUCCUAUAGCAAAAGUUUUGUUAGAGAAUGUCCUAAAACCGUUGCACUUUACUUACAACUCCUGCCCAGAGGGCGCCAGGCAGCAAGUGUUCUCGGCCUUCACGGAGGAGUGUUUGGCAGCCCCUUUCACAGACCAGAUCUUUCACUUCAUCAUUCCCGCGCUGGCGGACACCCAGGCCGCCUUCCCCUUCGAGCCCUUCCUGGACGCACUGCUGGCGGCGGAGAGUGGUGGCGCCAGGGCUCACGGGCACGCACCCUGGCUCUUCUACUUUGUCUUGACCGUCGGUGAAAAUUACCUGGGGGCCCUCUCUGAGGAGGGCCUGCUGGGGUACCUGCGAGUGCUGCAAGCCUUCCUUGCGCAGCUACCCGUCGCACCUGCCAGUGCCAGCUGCCAGGACUCUGGCAGCGACUCUGAAGAGGAGGGUGCGGAGGGCGAGCGGCGGAGGAGUACGCCGGUGGACGGGAGACUCUCAUUACCAUACAUAACAGAGGAAUGUCUGAAAAAGCUGGAUACGAAGCAGCAGACCAACACGCUGCUCAACCUGGUGUGGAGGGACUCGGCCAGCGAGGAGGCCUUCACGCUGAUGGCCUGCAUCUGCCACACGCUCAUGGUGCAGCAGCGGAUGAUGGUGCCCCGAGUCAGGCUUCUCUACAGCUUGGCCUUUAACGCCAGGUUUCUGAGGCACCUUUGGGUUCUCAUAUCCUCAAUGACAACACAGAUGAUCACAGGGUCGAUGGUGCCGCUGCUCCAGGUGAUAUCAAGGGGCUCUCCCAUGUCCUUUGAAGAUUCCAGCCGCAUCAUCCCACUCUUCUACCUGUUCAGCUCCUUGUUUAGUCACUCUCUGAUCUCCAUACAUGAUAAUGAGUUCUUCGGGGACCCCAUAGAAGCCGCAGGUCAGAGACAAUCGUCCCUGAUGCCUUUCACUCUGGAAGAGUUGGUGGUGCUGUCCCGCUGCCUUCGCGACGCCUGCCUCGGGAUCAUCAAGCUAGCUUACCCGGAGACCAAGCCCGAGGUCCGGGAAGAGUACAUCACCGCGUUCCAGAGCAUCGGGGUGACCACGAGCGCCGAGAUGCAGCAGUGCAUCCAGACGGAGCAGAAGCGGUGGAUCCAGCUGUUCAAGGUCAUCACCAAUCUGGUGAAGAUGUUGAAGUCCAGAGACACGAGGAGAAACUUCUGCCCCCCAAACCACUGGCUGUCAGAGCAGGAAGACAUCAGAGCAGAUAAGGUCACUCAGCUGUACGUGCCAGCUGCCAGACAUGUGUGGAGGUUCCGGCGGAUGGGGAGGAUCGGCCCCCUGCAGUCCACCCUGGAUGUGGGUUUGGAGUCGCCUCCCCUGUCUGUAUCUGAGGAGAGACAGCUUGCCAUCCUGACAGAGCUGCCCUUUGUGGUUCCAUUUGAAGAGCGGGUAAAGAUCUUUCAAAGAUUGAUUUAUGCAGACAAGCAAGAAGUUCAAGGAGAUGGCCCAUUUCUGGAUGGAAUUAAUGUCACAAUAAGAAGGAAUUAUAUUUAUGAGGAUGCUUAUGACAAACUUUCCCCAGAAAAUGAGCCUGACCUGAAGAAGCGCAUCCGCGUCCACCUGCUCAACGCGCACGGCCUGGACGAAGCCGGCAUCGACGGCGGCGGCAUCUUCCGGGAGUUUCUGAACGAGCUGCUGAAGUCGGGCUUCAACCCUAACCAGGGCUUCUUCAAGACGACGAAUGAGGGCCUCCUGUACCCCAACCCGGCUGCGCAAAUGCUCGUGGGGGACUCCUUCGCCCGACAUUACUACUUCCUCGGCAGAAUGCUUGGAAAGGCUCUCUACGAAAACAUGCUGGUGGAGCUGCCCUUUGCGGGCUUCUUCCUGUCCAAGCUGCUGGGCACCAGCGCCGACGUGGACAUCCACCACCUGGCCUCCCUGGACCCGGAGGUUUACCGAAACCUGCUGUUCCUCAAGAGCUACGGGGGCGACGUGGAGGAGCUGGGGCUGAACUUCACCGUGGUGAACAACGACCUCGGGGAGGCCCAGGUGGUAGAACUAAAAUUCGGCGGGAAGGAUAUCCCUGUCACCAGCGCAAACCGGAUUGCGUACAUCCACUUGGUGGCCGACUACAGACUGAACAGGCAGAUCCGCCAGCACUGCCUGGCCUUCCGGCAGGGCCUGGCCAACGUGGUCAACUUGGAGUGGCUGCGCAUGUUCGACCAGCAAGAGAUUCAGGUACUGAUUUCUGGUGCACAAGUUCCCAUAAGUCUAGAGGACCUGAAAUCCUUUACCAACUACUCAGGGGGCUAUUCCGCCGACCACCCUGUGAUCCGAGCCUUCUGGCGUGUCGUGGAGGGCUUCACCGACGAGGAGAAGCGCAAACUGCUCAAGUUCGUCACCAGCUGCUCCCGGCCCCCUCUCCUGGGGUUUAAGGAGCUGUACCCCGCCUUCUGCAUUCACAACGGCGGCUCCGACCUGGAGCGGCUGCCCACCGCCAGCACCUGCAUGAACCUGCUGAAGCUGCCCGAAUUCCAGGACGAGGCGCUGCUGCGCAGCAAGCUGCUCUACGCCAUCGAGUGCGCCGCGGGCUUCGAGCUGAGCUGA